UUGCAUUCCUUUUUGUGAGCGUGAUUUCUAUCCCUAAAGAAAAAGAAAUGGCCUCCGCGGACGCGCUUCUUGCGCGAGCGCUGGAAUCCAUGGGGAUGACAGUUGCGACUCCUGCGGCAUCCGGACUUGCGUCUUCAUCAAGUAGCUCUAGCAACGCAAGACAGAAUCUCGGUGCGGCGUCUGCUUGUCUGGGACCGAGAGAUCGACGACCAGCGAACGCGACUAAUCUUGAGCAAUUCUUUGACGAGUAUGAAAACGCCAAGUCGUCGCACGAGCAGCCUGAAGUCGAUAAGCGUCUUCUCCUUUACUUGAAGGAAGAGUUCUGCUCGACCCUGCAAGAGGUAUUUCCGGUCAAGAAAGUAAAGGAGUGGCGCAGUCCGUUAGUAGUAAUUCGGGUUGAGCCAGAUGGGACAACGCGGGGGGUCCUUGGGACUGGACCAACAGGCCGAUUUGUAGAUCGUGGCGCGCACUGGCUUGUCCAGUACGGUGAAGUGAUAAUAAUCCAAGAUACUACAUUACUCAAAGUAAGAACGUCGGAGUCGGGGCUUGAAGAGGAGGCAGAGUUAGAAUCUGCUUCCGCGCAAGUGCAAGAAGCUAGUAGUAGUAGUAGUAGUAGCACAAUUACUAACCAGAGCGAAACUGAGCCGACAUCGAUCGAGCCGCUCCUGAUGCGCAUUCCGCUGCCAUUGUCAACGAAGAAUGUGUCAGCUAGCCGUCCACCUGCAGAAACUGACAUGGAGUAUAAGCCAUCGGUAGUUUCUGCGUACACUGUCAAGGAAGACAUGAAGGAACUCGUGGGAGAUUGGAUCCAUUCGCUACUUUCGGUAGACAUUGACGCCCUCUUUGACUUAGCGUCUGACUCUGCGGCGGAAGCCAUUGCAAAGGUGGCAAUUCUGGCCGAGAUGCUGUCCAAGGAGUACUUGCUCUUCCAUUAUGUUUAUCUGCUAGGUUGAGUAUGUGGCUUUCUUCAAAAGAUGACGCUGAGGGCCACCUAGUCCUAGACCUAGACAUACUAUGGGUAUGGCAAGCCUUCUUCUAGUUCUUCUACUAGUAUAGUCGAGGCAAUAGCGAAAGUGAUUGCGUAGCUCUUGCUCUUCUUCUUGCAGGUUCCAUCAUCUUGUUUUUAAAACGUCAAAGGUUCCCUUCGGCUUCUUUCUUCAUACGUCGCUGCGAAGAACACCAACUAGCCAUUACUGGCAUCCGGACGAUGGAGAGCUUGGCAGAUUACAUGCGCGCCUCUUUACAGAAGGCUAACAGACGUCUUCUGUGUGAAACGCGUGCCAUGCGCACAUCGCAGCAGAAGUGCCAGACGGUUUGUUAUGAAAAGUGGAGGUCUGACGUGCAUGUUGAUGCCGGGUUUGCAAACACUUGGACACGCGAGAAGCAGAUCUGGGGGCAGUUUCUAGCCGAUUUGAAUGAGUCGCAAGGUGCUAUACAUAUGACUUUAGUGAUUAUGUUUAUAUGUUUCGUUAGCGAUAGCUCGGCAAUUUGUUGAAGUAGAUGCAGCCUUGCGCUGAGAAGCUGCUUUUUUUGUGUGGGAGAAGAACAAGACCCAAGAGAGCACUUGUCGUAUCUCUCUUACUUUUGCUUGUGAAUGUAAUUCAGAUAUACGGCGCGGACUAGAAGGGUCGGCAUUAGUAUCAUCCAAUGCUGUUUUUUUGGAUACUGGAGAAACACCGAAAAAGAUUCUGAUAUCUAGCGGCGACAAAGAAAAACUGGUGCAGACGAUGUGCAGAAUGUACAGGGCAUUGUCCGAGCCCAGGGAUAGUAGGUACUAAGAUGUACUUUGAGGCGUUGGCUGUAUGGAAUUAGAUGCGUCCUUGUUAUCUAAUCAGGAUAGACUUACUCAAUCUGUGAAGGGAAUGCAGAUGCUACGUUAUAUUAUAACUAAGAACUUAAGUAGGUCCUCUAGCAAUAGGCCUUGAUUUUAAUCGUGAAUAAAUAAAGGUGGUUGACGAUCGCGCCUGCUUCUGCUCGGCGGUGCAGUUUAUUCGUUGCUGGUUCGGAGGGAAUUCUUGUUCUGGGCAGCACGUAUUAUCUUGGAAAAAACGAACCCAAGUACGAGGCGGAGGCUUUGGAUGACUACUACGCUUAUUUCAUCCUCGGGCAAGCGUUGGCGCUACAGCCGGUGAAUAAACUCGAGAGAGGAGUUUUACGCCAAGCGGAUACUGCUCGUACGGUUUCUGAUGACGUUGGUUUCAUGCAGCCAAUUUUUGCGGAGUGUUGUGCAUGGUUGGAAGAUGUGAUAGCGAACCGCCUACGGGAGUACUGCAGCAUAAUAACUUACCCGCGUCAAGAUUUGGAGCAUUUGGUGCCCAGUCUAGAGUCCGGAGUAGAUUGGGCUGCCACCGUUCAAGCAGGCGAGGUAGCGUGGCGAGUAUGGGAGAGCCCUCGCGAUGAGCAUGUUACUGUGGUGCGGAGGUUUUUGCGUGGUAUGCUUGGGCAUCUUCAAGCGGAUGGUGCUACCUGUGAGACGAUCGUUGCGGAGCUCAAAGAAAGGCCUCAAAAGGCUUUGGAGUCUGGUGAUUUAUCUGCGUGGGUCUUGAACCAUCUCUCUCGACGAAUAGCCGUGGCUAAGGACCCUGUAGCACGCAUGAAGAAGAUCGUGACUGGCCUCUGUGCUUCGAGCAGCACCACCGUAAACGUUGAGAGGGCUAUAUGCUCUCGGAAGCAUCUGCAGCAGUGCUUGCAAAAUGAGUGGAGAAGCCUGGAGACGUUGGACUACAUCCACUACCGUCGGCUCUUCGUGCGUGUGAGCCAGCGCGUCACUGAUGAUAUUGCUGAGGAAGCAGAAGCAAAAGCAGGAAAAGCCAGAGGCACUGCAGUAAAAGUAGGCACAGUGGUAGACCCAGACGUGGAUCAACGCAUGAGGCGAACGAGUGCGUAUCAUCAAGCUAUGAGUCGAUGUAACGUAGGGCGAAGCGUUGCCGCAAUAACAGGGCCAACUGAAAUCACUGCUGCAGACAGAAAACGCGCUAGGGAAAUUAAUCGCAAACUGCAGCAGAAGCGUGAGCGAACUCCGCUUAUUUUGCCAGUCCCGUUCAAAAGUCAACGGGGACUCGGAGGCUCGUCGACUGCGGCGCUACCACCAGCAGCAAUAGGCGCGCAAGAGCAGCCGUGGGAGGCUGGGUUACCCUCGUCGAGGACGCAUGGGCACGACCAUCGUCCGAUCGAAGACCGGCCACUUCAAAUGAUGCAACGGCUCCUCUCAGCCUUGCGACGCAGAACGCAGGCGGCGUACGUCGAAGACAAGAAAGGCGCGUGGAAAGAAGAGGCGAAAGAGAUGAAGCGCCGGCACUUCUUAUCGUACCCUGCAGCAGACUUGAACUUGAUCGAUCGGCUUUCGCAUACUCCAACGGAGUUUGAAGUGAAGCUUCCGCAAAUAUUAAAGGCUCGCAGGGAAUUACUAAACGCAGCGGCCAAGGCUAAGAGAGGUAGUGACGGCGUGCUGUAUGUUAAUGGAGAGGCAGAUGACGAAGAGGCGGCAGUCGCAGUGACGGGCGCAGUAGCCUUGGGGCAGUCUCAAAAUGCAGGAAAGGAGCCAAAGAAGAAGAGACAGCAGAGAACAUUUAGGUCGCUCGUAGUAGACGGAAAUCCUCGACGCGUCGAACCUCACGCAGAGCUGCCACAAGUUUCAGAUAUCCAGAAUUUGCAACUACUUGCCUUGAAGUGCCCAAGUGGCACCUACUUGGUGACAACGGUGCUUGGAGGAACCAAUGAGCACGCUUUCAUUGCUUGCAAGAAAUUUACUGAUGACUACAAACGCUUGGACAAGAGCUGCUUCUACUUCAGUAAGAACCAUCACGAGUUUAGUAACAGUGCGUAUUCGGCAGGAACGACGGUAGUUCACGCAGCAAUGUGGAGCCGCUACGAUGGAUUGACUCUGGGCCCUUCUCUCGAUGUGUUAACCGAGUACAAGGGAGGCGAUUUGAAUCAGGCAGACGCAGUGGGAGGCUCAGCGGCCGUUGUUGCGCAGAGACGAAAGAAGGUCAUCCCAGACAACAAAUUACUCAUUGAGUUUGAACAGAGGACGGAUCCACUGGAGAAGGCGCUUCUGAUUUUAGCGCACAACAGUAAAAUGGCGACAAAUCAAACGCGGAAGCGGCCCAAGGUGAACCAUGGGGAUGUGGCAAGUUCAGAGACUGCUGAAGGCAAAGCAAUCAAAAACAACAACAACGAUAGCUCCAGCAGCAAGAGGAAGAAAGUCACGAAUUCCAAGGACAACAACAGCAUCAGCGCUACCACUUCGCCGGCGAAGAAACAGAUCAAGUCAAGCCCUGGGAAGAUUGAUCUCGAGUUCGACUUUGAACUAGGAGCUGGCGCUAGCGCUACGUCCAUUGCGCACCAGCACGCAGGGGCAGUAGACCUAGACUCCGGGCUGACAUUGAACGCUGACGACAAUGAGCCCAGUUCUGAUGAGGAAAGUGGCAUGGUGUUGCUUGAGUCUGACGCGGAGCCAGCGCCAGUCGCUCUGUUUGAUUUCGAAGCCGACGAUGUCAAAGCAAAAGAUCGGCCUCCAGCUCCUGCAACUUUGGGUGGGUCAGCAAUAGCACUGUCGCAGUCAGCGAGUGGAACACUAGGUCGCAAAGCCACGGCACCCACAUCUCGCAGUAAAGUAGUUGAGAUGGAAGAGCCUGUGACGCUUACAAGGGUCAAGACGUCUGCUGAACUUGCUGAAGCGCGGCGGAUGAAAUCGAUUGAACAGAAAGAGACAGCAGACGCAGGCGCUUGGGAGUUCAAUGAGAAAUACCAUGGUAGGUGGGUAAUGGAUGCUGACGCGCAGGAGAAUGUCGUUGUGCGAUGCAUAGGGAAGUUCCGCGUCGCCUUGCAAACGGUGCUCGAAGAGGACAAGGCGAUGCGCGAGAUCUUGCAGACGCAAGGAAAACAAGGACGAAGGUUUUACAGCAAGAGAAAAGGGGCCCAACGAGAAGACCGCAGUAGCAAGUUCCCGGUCAUCUACCUCGAAAUGUGGUGCAGACGAGUCAUGUUCUUACUUUGCACGGCAGCAGAUAUUGACGCGACUUCAUUUAUCAAGAAAUGGUCAAGCGUCAGUGGUCCGCUAUGGGUAGAGGCAAGAGGCUGCGCGGCUAGUGCAGUGCAGCUUGCAGAUCUGAAGGAAAUGGCGCGCGUAAAAUAUUCAGACUUCCGCUGGGUGCAACAGAUUUUGCGAAAGCAUGGACUGCGAAAAUAGUGGAUACUCUUGCCGUUUUCCCCUUGGCAAGAAAAUUGGCGCUAGUAUUCAGUGGUGAACUUUGUGCAUAGUUGACUAUACAUUUCUAAGAAAGACUCAGCUCGGGGUAAUUUUCUGGCCGUGUAUCAUUGAUUCUGAUCUGCAAAAAUUCUUUAUGCCGUGGCAUUUCAGAACUAUUCAAAAAUUAUUAAAAAAUUAUUAAAAAAUUAUCAAAAAAUUAUCAUUCUAUUUGAAAUGAUAACUUUUUAAUAAUUUUUAAUUCAUUAUUAACAAUUUUUGGUGGCUUGAUGAAUGAUUUUAGAAAAAUGUUAGUGAGUGCACUUAUGAUCAUACAAAUUCCAUUUGAUAUCGCAGGAGUGAGGCUGCGAGGGUAUCUAGUGUAUAAUUUUUUAAUGGCUGGAAUGUGCAACUUUUUUGAUCGUGUAAGAAAUUAUACCAUGCAUUAUCGUUUGUCUUCUGUGUGCUGCGGGGAGCAGUGACGUCACUGAGUAGGACCAAGACCAAUUUACCUGAGAACUUCAAGUAGCUCCCAGUAGCUACCUUUUCUAUGACCUCUUCCAAAGUGCUGCGUAUUGAGCUGAUAGCUUUAUAUACCGCCAAAGAAUAAGCAAGACUAAGGGUGAUGCUGAAUGAGUACAAAUGAUUGCUUUUUUCUUCAUCUGUGUCACACUAAUAGUCCAUCCUCAUCAUGUUCAAGCAGACGCGAUGGGCGACUCUUGGCCAUGCUUUUGCAUGUAGACAGAGGCUGGCAAUAGUGGCUUGUGCCU